AUGGCCCGGCCAGACUGCCGGAGCUCCUGUAUAUACCGGCCUCCGCGGUCUGAAGAAGGGCUCAAUGAACUGGGACAGGCACCGCCUCCAUACGAUGGCAAAAAGGAGACGCAGGAUCCCCUGGAACUGCGGGAUCUCGAAGCCGGGAACAUGCCGCCUGAGUAUCCUGCUCACCCUGCGCCGGCUGUAGUGACGGAUGGUCGAAGAAGUUGA